GAGUUAGAAAUACAUUCAAGUCGUGUUUUCAUGUGUGACAGUAAAAACGUUUGUGUCUCAGAUGGGCAUCUGCUAUUAGAGCCAAAUCGAUUAAAGCUAUUUUGAGUGGGAAUAUUUGUGACCACUUUGUGUCUCGUGCUGAAGAUGUAACGCAUGAAAACCUUAUUUCAGAAAGAGGAAGUUCGUGUUUGAGUCCAGACACCCAGUGAAACUCGCUUAAAUCGAGACUCAACGUGGGCGACAGCAGCUGAUAAAUGGAGAUGCUGGAUGGGAGCUGGCUGCUUAACCGCGAAUGGGAAACCAUCGGCAUGGAGGGAGACGGCUGCUGCUGCGGAGCAGGACACACAGGCUCACAUGGGACAGACACUUUGAUCCAAACUCUGCGCCAGAGAGAGACUCGGCUCCGGCGAAUGGCCCGGUUCUUAGCCGUGGCGUUCGUCCUACUGGUCGCAGGAGCUCUGGUUUUACUGAUCACGGUUGUUCAGGGAAGGCGAGGUCAUCCGGACAGCCAGCCCACUGUGCCGCCUAUCAGCCACACGUCAGGCGUCAGCGUUGAACAACAGCAACAUAAAGACUCACAGUAUCCAAGUGCCAUGCUAACAGCUCCUAAAGGCGAAAUCCCUGAUGGGGAAUAUCUUGAAUGGGAAAAUAAGGAUGGACAUGCCUACUGUCAUGGAGGCUUCAACUACUCCAGUGGAAACCUAGUGGUGCCCAUGAAUGGCAUCUACAGAGUCUUUCUGCAGAUCACUUAUGAGAGUAAGGAAGACUAUGAGUGUCCCGAUGUGCUGAGACUCGCCACUGUGGUGCUUUUAUUCCGAGAAACUUACGCUGAAAACGUGCCUCUCCUUUCAUCGGUGGACACAGUGAGUUGCAGCAUGGAACCGUGGAGUAAAUCUCUCUAUACGGCCGGCCUGUUCUCCCUGGAGGCUAACUGCAGACUACGUGUCACAUCGUCAAACCCUGGACUUAUUGUUCAGAAAGAAUACCAGGUGUUCUUCGGUGCUGAGCUUCUGCCUCAGUCAUCUGGUCAGCCACUUCGAGUCACCCAAGUCUGAUUUUGAGGUUCACACCUUCGACUCCAUGGAAACUUAAGGGAAGAUGCCAGUGUAGUUUUAUUGUUUCCUUUUAUUUUUACUGCUCAUGAAAAUCUAAACCUGCUCAUAGAUUUGCAGCAGCAAGAAACCACUGCUGCUGUAUGCUGGACUGCAGGUUUGCUUUAGCUCAUUGAGGUUAUCAGCUGCAUUCUUUAUAAUCCUUUAAUAACAGCUCACAGAGACAUACUGCGGCCUUAACAAUGAUGCAACUGGUACUCUAUGCUAAAGAGCAUGAAUAAUUUACUAACAACAUUGAUAACAUUUGUAAGUCCACAGCCUUUAUAAUAGGCACUGUCAACUCAACAAUGAAAUAUACAUACUGUAUAUAAAUAUAUGUUUGGAGUGAAAACAAGCAUUUUGUGAUGAUCUUUAGUGCAGAAAAUUAAUUAAUUGUCAGAAAAUAAUUCGACAGUUUUGAAAAAAGUAGUUGAUAAAUCAAGAAAACAACAAUUCCAGCUUCUCAUAGGUGAGGAUUUUCUCUGUUUUUAUCACUGUCAAUCAAAUAUCUUUGUGAUUUGGACUGUUGGUCAGACAAAGCAAGCGAUUUGAAGACACUAAAAUGAAAAUGGUUAACAGUAUUUCAGUCUGUUAAACCCCGUGGAAAAACUUCGACCAAACCUGAAAACGAGUCAGUCAGUUCAGUAGAAACAGAGGUAGGUGUAGCUUUAUGUUGCUGUGAAGCGCCUUCAUUAAGCAUAGGCCCAUGGAGAUAGGACAUAGGACAGAGCAACGUCCAAGGACAGAUUGACUCCAGGAACUUGGGCUGAAGACAUGGUGAGGUAGGAAUUCAUGAAUGAAAACAACUUUGUUACACUGGUAUUAAGAGAAUAAUUAGGAGAAGUCAAGUGAUUACCAUGUUCAUUUUAUCCUACAAGCUGAAUGUGAUUAGUGCUGUGGGACAACCCUGGUUAUUUAGAGCACAGCAUCACAUUAACCUGAAUCAACAGUCCAAGUGUACAGUGUUGUAUAAGCCUUGUGGAUGGUGGGCCACACAAGGCUGAGUCACUCUGUGUUAUUAUUGGUACUUGCUUUACAAUGCGCUGCCAUUGCCAACUCAGUGGGUUUGAUAAGGAAGGUCUGAAGAGUAGUAAACAGUUCAGAGCUACAGACAAGUCAUCACACAGAAACCCAGCCCAUGGCCACUCCUGCUGCCAUGAUAAUAUUUUUGUGGUGUCUAAAUGUGUUAUGGUUUAUUUAAUAAUGAAGAGAAAUGCAGAACUACUGUCACAAGGCAAAUUUGUACACUCAAUUCACUGACAACAUAUUACAGCUGUUGUGAAACUGACCCAUGAAACAGAAUGUGCUGGAAAUGUAAAAGAGGGCAAAGUGCAUGCACCUACACCACAGUGUGAUCACUUCUGUGUGUUGGUGUGGCUCAGACGCAGAGUGUCAGAAUACCUCUGUGAUGGAUCUGGUGAUGGAUUACAAUGGGGUCUUUAUACCACUGCUGUAUUUGUGUGUGGAUGAAUUUGACUUGUCUCACCACGGGCCUCGCUGUAAGCUCAUAAACAUGUAUGUAAAGGGUUUUCUCUGUUAUUUUUUGUAUGCAUGGUGCUGUUUUACACGUAUGCUUAAGAUGGCCUAUUUAACAUGGUUAAAGAUGUGUUUUUUUUAUUGAAUUAUUUAAUUCAUUGCUUGCUGGGGACUCUGUACUCUGAGCUGUUGCUAUGCAUAUGGACAUUUUUACUACUUUGAAUAAAAUGAUCAAUAUGUGUGAGUGUUUCUGAAAGGAAAAAUUAUUUUUUUUAAAAACUAUAGUGACAAAACACUAUACUAGUCAUUUCCUUCUUUCAGUGGGGAGUAAAAAUGCCCACACAGUUUUGGCAUAACUCCCCAAUAUCCUGAGUGUUCCUCACAGUGACUCAGUUUAGAGAUUUCAGACAGCCCUCAGGCCAUAUAAUUGACGACUAAGGGAGUGCAUCUUACUUUAUUUCCAUGUUGUUCAUGUUCGUCUUGUCCUGGCAAGCCCAUACCUGGUUCACAGAGGAAAUGUCUAUAUUUAGUAGCACCUGCUGUCCAAUAACCGUUGAUGUUCUUGAUUUCAGUAGUGACUGUGGGUCAGCAGCCUGGUUACAGCCAUAAUAUUGUGAUAGCAGGGUUACCUAUCACAAUUCCUGAACGGGUUGUUGGCAAGCAAUGACUGCUUAGUCAUCAGCAUGAAUCAUGUGAUGGAAUUUUUGUCUUACUUUGCUCCACCUAUCCUGGCUGCUGAUUGACCUUUUUCUCACUGCUGUGGAAUGUUCCCCAGGAUAUUCAGGAUGUUUAAUCUUGGUUGAGUGAUUUAAGCAGUAAUACUCGGUGUCUUGCAUUCUGUUGUUAAGCUGGGUAGUUUAAAAACUGAAUUUAAAAUCAUGAAAAUUCAUAUAAUGUCAUGUAUCUACAACAAUUGUGUUAUCUGCACAUUAUUUUCUGAA